AUGUUUCAGUUUCCGGUGAAAUUAACUUUGCUCACUGCAAUGAUCCUUUUUUGUUUAACUUAUCAAAUCAAUGAACAAUCAUUCGUAUCAUUAUCAAUGCGAUCAUUAUCAAUAUCACCAAAUCUGCCAUUAUCAUCGUCAUUGCCAUGUUCUUCUGGCAGUAAAUUAUUUAAAGCAAAUAAAAAAAUGCUUGCAAUGCCAAUUCAUCAAAAUAUCAAACGUAGUAUUGGAUUUGACAGAUUAAUUAGCAAAUACAAUUCUUCUAGUGAUUCAGGACGCAGGAAUAUUCGGAAAAAACGGGCCACUGAUCAAAAUUGUAAUAGCGGAUUUUGUUGCUUAAAAAGUGUAUAUUUUGAUUUUCAUGAGCACGGCAUGGAUAAUAUUAUUAGGCCAUCAGGAUUUAACAUGAAUUUUUGUGAUGGCGAAUGCAAUAUGCAAAUUGAGACUAAUGAUCGUGAUGCAUUAAUUUUGCAAGACAGAAUUAAUCAUCCAGAAAGUCCAUUCCGACGACGAUUAUCUUGUUGCAUACCAAUUAAAUGGUCAUCUGUUGAGAUUGUGGAAUUUAGAAAUGGUACUGAAUUUAAUCGUGUACUAGAAAAUGUCAAAGUGAUGGAAUGUGGUUGCGUAAUUUAA